AUGCCCAAUAAUGCUGAAGCAACUAUGACACCAUAUUAUGAUUCUCCAUAUGAGUAUUAUUAUGGUGAUCAAACUUCACAAUAUCAAUAUCUUCAUCAAUCACAUUUAAAUAAAAAUAAUAAUAAUUCUUUAUCGACUGAAUCAUUAACAGCUGUAACACCUAAUCUAAUAAGAUCAGUUUAUACAAUACAAUUAUUAUCAACAAAAUUAAAUCCUUCAAUUCAACGUCGAUGUGAACGACGUCUUUCAUCACCUGCUAUUAUAACAACUACAGCAAGUGAAGAGACAAUAAUGAAUGUUAAUGAAAAUGAAAAUUCAAUUGAUAAUAUCGACACAUUUAUUCAUGUUCGUGGUGUAACAACAUUUUUAUUAAAUGCUGUUCGACUCAAUUGUACAGGAAAUCCAGCUGAUAUGACAUUUGAACAUCGAUAUCGAAAUAAAUCUAUUCUAUUUUUAUUUAUUGAUAUCGAUGGUCAAUAUAUGCAAACACGUUCAACAUUAGAAACAAGUUUAAAUAAUUUAUUUAUAAAUCUUGAACGAUUAGCUAUACGUGAUUUAUUAUCCUACGGACAAAUUUCAUAUGAUACUAUAUUAACAUGA